AUGGCUGACACAGAAGCUCCAGGAUAUGGAGAUCCAAGCCCCAAGCGCGGUGGCUGGAUUACUUUUCCGUUCAUGAUGGUACCUACGCUGUUAGGUUUGUCAAUAGCUUCUUUCGGAUGGAUAAUAAACUUGAUCGUCUUCUUGAUCGAGGAAUUCAACAUCAAGAACAUCGCUGCUGCUCAGAUAUCAAACAUUGUCAAUGGAUGCAUCAGCAUGUUCCCUUUUGUUGCAGCCAUUCUUGCUGAUUCUUUCUUUCGAAACAUUCCCAGCAUCUCAGCUUCUGCUCUCAUUUCUCUGCUCGGCAUCGUUCUCUUGACUCUAAUCGCAUUUUUCGACAACUUAAGACCUCAACCUUGUGAAACAGGACCGAACCUUUGCCAGUCUCCAUCAAAACUCCAGCUCGGCGUCUUGUAUGCAGCCUUAACUCUAGUGACAAUUGAAACAGCUGGGACACGAGUGACUUUAUCAUCCGCGGGUGCCAACCAAUACGAGAAACGUAAGGAUCAAGGAAGCUUCUUCAACUGGUACUUCCUCACGCUAGGUUUCGGUCUCUGCGCAGCUGCUAAUUUGAUCAGUCUCAGCAUUUUCAUCUCCGGGAAGAGACUAUACAAUCAUGACAAACCCAUGGGAAGUCCCUUCACAAGCCUGAUCCGCGUUUUAGUCGCUGCUACAUUGAAAGGAAAGCAUGCGGUUUCAUAUAAAGAAGAAGACUAUCAUCACGGAAAAGAGGCCAAGACUUCAACGGCAAUAGCCUCAAAAAACUUUAGGUUCUUGAACCGCGCAGCAUUGAAGACGGAAGAAGACAUGAAACAGAGUGGUAACUCAAACUAUAACAGCUGGAGGCUAAGCUCUAUUCAGGAAGUAGAAGAUUUCAAAAUCGUUCUCCGGCUACUUCCUCUGUGUCUAGCCAUCGUGUGUGUUAGUACUCCCAUUGCGAUACAAUCAAGCAUGAUGGUACUCCAAGCUCUAGUUACUGACCGUGGGCUCGGCCCUCACUUUAAAGUCCCUGCCGGGUCAAUCCUGGUCAUGUCAAUCAUCUCUUCAUGCAUCUUCAUCAUAAUGAACAACUGGCUUGUCUUUCCCUUGUACCAGAAGCUAGCUCAUAAACCACUGACACCACUUCAAAAAGUCGGUAUAGGCCAAGUUUUCACCAUCUUAAGCAUGGUGAUCUCCGCAGUUGUGGAAGCAAAGAGGCUUCAAACAGUUGGAAAUGAGCAUCCAAUGUCUGUGUUAUGGCUGUUUCCUCCUCUCAUCUUAGUUGGAAUUGCCGAGGCUUUUCAUUUACCGGCAAAUGUUGAGUUAUUUUAUGGAGAAUUCCCCGAGUCUCUGAGGAACACUGCGGCUUCAUUGACCUCUCUGGUGAUGGGAAUAUCUUACUAUCUGGGCACAGCUCUGAUCAAUCUGAUUCAGAGGACCACCGCGUGGUUGCCAAAUGACAUAAACCAUGGAAGAGUGGACAUUGUUUACUGGGUUUUAGUCAUUGGAGGAGUCUUGAAUUUUGGCUACUUUCUGGUGUGUUCUUGGGUUUACACAUACAAAAACCUUAAGGAUGAUAAUGAUCAGAAAAAAGAUACUACAGAUGUUACAACCUAA